AUGCCCAGUAAUAAUGAAGAUAUAGAUUCUGAAUUAAGUUUAAUAGAGAAAAAAAUUAAUAUAUACGAUGUAGAUUAUGUAAGUUUUAAGAAAUGCCUAGGAUCAAAUACAUCAAAAACAUUUGAUUAUAAUUUUGAUAAUUUAGUUCAUUUAAUAUGUAAAGUGAAAAAUGUUAGGAAACAUGGAAAGGCAUUAUUUUUUUGUGACACUAUUUCACAAGACCUGAAUAAAGAAAAAGAAAAUACAUUUUUUUAUGGAAAUCAAUUUUUAAAGAGUGGUGAUAAUAUAUAUUUAAUUAAAAAUAUAUUUGAUGAAAAUAUAGGUAAUGCAGAAAAUAAUAUUCAACUGGUAAUUAGUAAAAACUUUUAUAUUAAUGAAGAUAUAUUUAAAUUAUAUGAAGAAUAUUUAUUAAAAAAUGAAAUGUCAAAAGUGUAUGAUAAGAAUAAUCCCUAUGAUGAUAAAAUGUUUUUUAAUAUUAGUAAGGAAAAUAUUUCUUAUUCUAUUAACAUGUAUAAAAAAUUUCAUAAUUAUUUUAAUCAAAAUGAAGAUCAAUUAUUACAAGACGAAGAAAAGAAAAAGCAAAUGUGUCUAGAUAGUGAGCGCAUACCUAUGAUAUUAAUUAAUGAAUAUAUCAAAUAUGAAAUUUUGAAUAAAAUAAUUAAACCUGAUUCGAUGAUUUACGUUAUUGGAUUGCCAGUAUUGACUAAUACGAAUGAAAAAUCGUUAGUAGUUUUUUCUUCUUAUUUGUUAAGGGUAAAUUAUGAAUAUUUUAAUAUCAAUGAAAUAUUCAAAUUGUUUGAGCAAAAUUAUUUUUCGAUGGGAACCUUAUGUAGAAGCUUACGAGUAAAUGAACAUUAUAUUCAUCGUAUUUAUAACGAUGUGGAGAAGAAGAAAAGAUUUUUAUUAAAUAUUGUUUAUAGGAAUAAAGAUUAUGAAAGUAUAUCAAACCAGAAAAUGAAUAAUUUUGAAAUAUUCAUCAUAAAAAUUAUUGAUAUCAUACCUAAAUGUUUUAAAAUAUAUGCUAGUGAUUUUACGCUACAUAUGAAAGACGAAAAAAAUAUAUUUUUUAAUAAUUUAAAUAUGAAAUGUAUAUUUAAUCAAGAUUUGUGCACAGAAAAUUAUGUAAACCAUGACGUUAUUGUAUGGAAAGAAGAAGAUGAAGAACAUGAAGAAAGUAAUGAAAGGGACGAUACAUUGGAUGAUACAAUGAAUGAUACAAUGGAUGGUACAAUGGAUGGUACAAUGGAUGGUACAAUGAAUGAUACAAUGGAUGGUAGAAUGGAUGGUACAGUGGAUGAUAAGGGAGAUAAUAAAAAAGAUGUUCACACAAGACACAUAAAUACUUCUGAGCCACAUAAAGGAGGAAAAAAUAUGAAGAAGAAGAAUAAGAAAAAAAAGAAAAAAAAAGAUAUGUUGUCUUAUAUGAAUAAUAAGAAGGUUCCACAGAUAUAUUGGAUGCUGAACCAUAUAAACAAUAUGUUUAAUGAAAUAAAGAAUAUACAUUCAAAUGAUGAUAAAACAAAAUAUAAAUUUAGCUGUGAAUACAUUAUAUUAUCUAUUAAUAUUCUGAUAAACAAAUAUAUUGAGUGUAAUACUACACUUUAUGAAAAUUAUCUCGAAUUUUUGGAUCUAUUUAUAGAAAAAAAUACAUGUUACGUUAGUAAGGUUAGUACAGAAAAAGUUAAAAUUUAUAUUGAGAAGUAUAAGAAGAAGAGAAAAAAUUGUUUUGAGAAUUCUUACUGGAAAGACGUUGAAUUUUAUAAUAUCGAAGAUUUAUAUAUAAAUGAUUCUAACGAUAUAAUAUAUAUAAAUGGUAAGGAAAAAAAUGAAGAUGCUAAUAGUACUAAUUAUUAUGAUAAGUAUAAUAAUAAGCUUGAUGAGAAAAAAGAUGAUUAUAUUUUAUAUAACAAUGUUAUAGAUGAUACGUUUAAAAAUAAUGAUAAUAUGAAAAAGGAUAUGAUAUAUAAUGAAGACAAUACAUUGGACCACAUAAACAACACAACAACAACAACUACUACUACUACUACUACUAACAAUAAUAAUAAUAAUAAUAAUAAUAAUAAUUGUAAUAAUAAUAAUAAUUGUAAUAAUAAUAAUAAUAAUAAUAAUAAUUAUAAUAAUAAUAAUAAUAAUAAUUGUAAUAAUCACAUUGUGAAUAAUUCUUUUGUAACAUAUGAUUAUUGCAUUUUGGACGUUGGGGGAGGCAAAGGAGAUUUAGGCAUAUACAUUUCUUUAGCUUUUCCAAAUGUAUUAGUAAUUAUAUUAGAUAUUAAUAUAAAUUCCUUAUUUAGUUGUUUUGUUAAACUAUAUUGUAAUAAAAUUAAAAACGUAUUAAUAAUAAAUGAAUCCAUAUUAAAUUUCGAUUUUAGAAAAUAUAAAAUUGAUAUGGUAGUAGGAUUACACUGUUGUGGAGGAUUAACUGAUUAUACUAUAAAAAGAUGUAUGGAGGAAAGGAUACCUUUUUUAAUUUGUUCAUGUUGUUAUACAAAAUAUAAGGAUUUAAGAAAACAUAUAUUUGAUUUUAAAAAUGAUAUAAUAAUAGAUGAAAUGAAUAAUUAUAUAUAUAAUAAGGAUAAUUAUCCUUAUAUGAAUUAUAUUAGUAGUAAUAUCUCUACGGAAAAUAAUAUAUGUAAUAUGAAUAAGUCUAAUGUGAAAACAGGUCACAACGGAACUCUUAAUAAUAUGGUUAAUAUAAAAAAGAUGGAUUGUUUAUAUGAAGAAAAAUAUGAUGAUGAAAAUAAUUUAACACAAAAUGGGUUAGUUUUAAAAAAUGAUGAUAAUAAUAUAUCAAAUGAAAAUGAUAAAAAUAAUAUAAUAUCUAUGUACUAUGAAAAAGAUGAAUAUAAAAUUAAUAGUGAACAUAUAAAAAAUAAUUGUCUAGUUAUAAAAGAUGAAAUGAAAAAAUAUGAUAAAUAUGAAAAAAAAAUUCUAAGAAGAACUAUACCAAAUAUAUAUUCCUUUAUUAAUUUAUUAUCGAAAUUGUGUGAGAGUGAAAAUGUGGCUAUAUCCUAUAAAUGUAUGUACUUUUAUAAUAAUUUAAGAUUUAAAAUUUUACAGGCAUUGUUUAAUAAAUCUAAACAAAGUACUCAAAAUGAUGAAACUGUAAAUGUAUGUAUAAAAGAAGAGAUACACUUAUCCUUACAUUCAUUCCCAAUUUCAUAUUCUCCAAAAAAUAUUGUUCUUAAAGGAUAUUUUACAUGA